AUGGGCCUGGCUUACAACACCUAUCUCAACAGCGCCAAAAUCUAUGGCUGCAAGACGUGCAAGGCGCACCUCGCCAACCACGAAGACAUCAUAAGUCGAGUAUGCACUGGCCCCCCUUCCAUCAGUACACCGCCGGGCUUCUUCCCUCGGAGCCAGGAUUCGUUAACACCAGGGCAGAACUUCCGUGGUCAGCAUGGUAAAGCGUAUCUCUUCCACAGCGUCGUCAACAUCGACACGGGCGCCCCUAACGAGCGCAACAUGACGACCGGCCGACACGUCGUUCGCGAUAUUACAUGCCGGCAGUGUAAGGAGACUGUCGGGUGGAAGUAUGACAAGGCCUAUGAGCCCUCCGAAAAGUACAAAGAGGGCAAGUUCAUCCUCGAGGCUGAGCUGCUUUGCAAUGUCACUUGA